AUGAACAAAUCAUCAACAACAAUCAAUGUUAUUGGAGUUGGUCUUCCAAGAACAGGAACGAGUAGUUUGAAAACUGCAUUGGAAAUACUUCUCUCUCAACCAUGUUAUCAUAUAAUUGAAACGAUGACGAAAAAUCAGUAUGAUGUUGAUAGAUGGCAAAAAUUGUUCAAUGAAGCUCGAAAGACAAACCCAAAUGAAAUGGUGAUACACAGAGGUUUGAAUGAAAUACUGAAUGGUUAUGCGUCAGUGACAGAUAUUCCAGCAUGUGGAUUUUAUAGGGAACUAAUGACUGUAUACCCUUACUCGAAGUUUGUAUUGACGAUUCGUGAUAAAAACGACUGGCUGUCAAGUCUACGACAAACAAUAUUGCCGAAAACCAGUCAUUCACACACACUAGUGGUGGAAAAAGUCAAGCAUAUACUGGGACUUGAUGCGCGAUUCGUUAAAAUGGCAUUUGAUUCACUGACAUUCGCAUUUCGUAAAGGUGAAAUUGACUUUGAUGAUGAUGCGGUGCUAUUAGAAUGUUUCGAUGAAUAUAACGAAUUGGUAGUUGAGAGUAUACCAUCAAGUCGCCUUCUAAUACAUAAACUUGGAGAUGGUUGGGAGCCCUUGUGUAAGUUCUUGAAUGUGAAUGUACCUCGCUGUGUACCAUAUCCUCAUGUCAAUGAUCGGAACGAAACACAGAAGCGUGUUGAUUUGCUCAAAGACAUUGACAAUUCAACAUCACUGUUGUUUAUUGGAGCUGAUCUACCCAGAACAGGAACGACGAGUAUGGAAGAAGCACUGGAAAUAAGUCACUCUCAACCAUGUGAUCAUGUGACUGAAAUUGUGACCAAGAAGCAUUGUGAUGUUAGCAAGUGGCAGACACAAUUCGAUGAAGCUUUCAACACGACGUUCGAUGAAACAAUGAUACACAGAGGUUUGGGUGAAAUGUUGGAUGGUUAUGUAGCUUUGAGCGGUGUUUCGGCAUGUGCGUUCUACAGAGAGCUGAUGAUUAUAUAUCUGAAUGCAAAGGUCAUAUUGACUGUAUGCGAUAAAAAUGCUUGGUUCUCUAGUGGACGACGGUCGGUAUUGCCAAGAGUUGAAAUUAUGUCGGAAACUCUAACAUCAUUAUUAGUUAUUGGAGCUGGUCUGCCAAGAACCGGAACGACCAGUAUGAAAAAGGCAUUGGAAAUAAUUUACAAUCAACCUUGUUAUCAUGGUUAUGAACUUGUGACCAGAAAACAAUGUGACAUUGCUAAAUGGCAAAUGCUUGUCGAUGAAGUACGAACGACACGUAGUGAGGGGAAGAUACAUAAAUGUUUGAGUGAGAUAUUGGAUUGUUAUGUGGGUGUGACUGAUGCUCAAUCAUGUGCAUUCUACAGGGAGCUGAUGAGUACAUAUCCUGAUUCAAAGGUUGUACUAACGGUUCGCGAUAAAAACGAUUGGUUGGCUAGUUUCCGACAAGUGGUCAUGCCUAAAUCAGAUGAUCCACGUAAAAUACACAUGGAUGAGGGGAAAAGACGUGCAGGGAUCCCCAUUGAAUUGGACAUACUGCUUACUGAUUCAUUGAAACUAGCAUUUCAGAAGGAAGAUAUUGAUUUUGAUGAUGAUGCAAUGUUACUUGAAUGUUAUGAAAAAUAUAUCAAAGCUCUUCAGGAAAAUAUACCAUCCGAACGCCUUCUAGUACAUCGAUUUGGAGAUGGUUGGGAACCAUUGUGUAGAUUCUUGAAUGUGGAUGUACCAGCUAACAUAUCAUACCCCGAGGCUAAUAAUCAGUCUGACUUGCAAAGGCUACGGGAAUUAAUAAAAAAGUGUGGAUCGAUUAAGGAAGUAGCUAGAAUGCAUCCAAGAAUUAUAUGAAAUUGAAUUAAACGCCUAAUGUGUUAAACCCUGAUGUUAUUAUCAGCUAACAAAUAAAUUGUCAUAAAGCUUUGACAUCUAUCUUCUUAUUGACAAUCAUAG